UGCAGCCACACUAUUUAAUUUCAGUUGGCAGGCGUGCAUGGUCAACUUUUCUUCCCAGUUCACAUUGAGAAAUAUAAAGCGGAAUAAGACAAUGCCUCCUUUCGAGAGACAACCACCCCAAAAACCAUUUAAGCAGAGGAAAACCUUUGCAACAAGAAAGCUGGAGGUUGCGGGGAUCCGGUCAAAAUUUCCGACUAAAAUUCCGGUCAUAAUUGAAAGGUAUCAACGUGAGAAGUUUUUGCCGCCUCUGGAUAAAACGAAAUUCCUUGUCCCGCAAGAACUUUCCAUGACACAAUUUGUUACAAUUAUCAGAAAUCGGAUGUGUCUGAUGCCAAGUCAAGCCUUCUACCUGCUCAUCAACAACAGUGGACUCGCCAGCAUGUCUCUCACCAUGGCUCAAGUAUACAAAGACCAUAAAGAUGAUGAUGGCUUUCUUUACAUGACUUAUGCCUCUCAAGAAAUGUUUGGCGAUUCUAUUGAAUCUUGACCAGUUUGUAAGGUUGGGCGUGCCCAAUAAUGGGUGUUUAAGGCUUUAUGUACAUAGAAUAUGGGUUUUGUAUUGAAUAAUUUUUAAUAUCCCAUGAGUAAACUGUCUGUUUUAAAUGUGACGGUAAUAAAUUGUUUGCAGCUUUAUGUGGACUUUUUUUUAAAAUGGUAAACAAGUCCAGGCUUUCUUUAGCUCUAGUGUGGAAUUUGGCUUUACCCUCUGUAUUUACAUGGUUACUACAGAUCCACUGUCAAUUUGAUGAACUGUCUCCUCACACUGUCCACCUCAAGAUGGCAGCAUUGCUCUUCUGCCAACUACUACUUAACCCUCAUGCGGGUUUUAUUUGUUUAAUUGGGUAUUCAUGACGUGCCCAUUUCAAAACGUGUCGUAAUUCAAUUGCAGGAUAUGUUUAGUUGAACAAA